UAUUAUAAUAUAAUAUAAUACGAAAAGAUGAAUGUCGAAAAUAAUUUGCACGUCGACGAUGAUUUCGGGCAUGGUACAUAUGAGCUAUUCGUAAUAUUUGCAACUCGUGAAAUUUCGAAAAAUGCAAGACGGCUUAUGGGACUCUAACAUUAAAUACAUUACAUGGUACAAAUGAUACUUGUGCGUGUGUGACACAGAGAGAGAGAGAGAGAGAAAAAGGAGUUUUGUUUUUGUAGCAUUUCCAUUCAACAUUUUUUCAUCUAGCGAACGUAAGGGCGAUUUUUUAGAUUGUAUCUCGAACCGCGAUUUAUCACCGUAGGUUUAUCUCAACCUCAAGCGUCCAUGAGUGUACAAAGCGUAUUAGAACGAAAAGUAAAGGGAAUUAAGUCAUACAACCAUGAUAUCCGAAUGCAAGUAUCAACGAAGAAAGAUAGAGAGAAAUUGGAAUUUCUGAUCGCUAUACUAUCAUUAUUUUGCUACACGCAAAAAGAAGCGCGAGGUACCGAGACCAAGAUGUUCUACGUUUAUAACUUUAAAACGUCUGAGGACGAUUGAGAAACGCGUCGAAAGCCGGUCGUUCUAGCGUUAAAGUGGAAACUUGGGAAACGGUCUCCGGGACUCCGCGUUUCUUCGGUAAACUUGUCGGCUUGGUGGUAGCGAUUUUUAUUCUCUUGAGACAAAGGACUGCUACAUUUUGGAUCGUUGCUGCGUAUCGCAUUUAUAUUUAGCUUGACGUUUCUUGGACGACGACGACGACGACGACGAAAACGAAGCUCGUUUACCAAUAUCCGGUGGAGGAACGGAAGCAAAGCGGAGAACGUGUGCGACCGAGAUGCGCGAGGGGACAUUUGAUCAAUGAUCUUUUUUAUAAGACGCACGCGUGGCGAUUACACUUGAUCUGCUUUCAUUAAAUGGAAAAUAUUUGCGAGCGAGACCCUCGUCCGAUGCAUUUGCGGACUUUGGAAGAUUGUUCCGUAACUCGAAGACACGUUUUUGUAAAUAAAUCGAUUUCCGAGCAAACGCUAAAACGUACGUUUAGUCUGUUCACUGUGGGUCGAUGACUUGUAAAUAUAGUUACUGAGUAUUAUAUUACGUGAAGUCGAGAAAGAAAAGUGUCACAAAUAAAUGCAAGAAACUGUACGUAUUAUCCUCGUCACGUCAUUCGUCCUGCCGAGAUGGCCGCGGCGGUCGCUCUUGAAUCUUACUUUUAUUUAAUAUUUGCUCGUAAAAGGUCCAAGUCGAAAGAUGAUUGAUUUACUGACGUGAUGAUAUAUAUUUUAAGUUUUCUGGCAUCUGCCAGACGCUCUUUUAACAUUUUAAAGCGCGUGACGCGUGCACGCGUAUUCAUCGAUUCGUGUUGCUUUUUUAAGUUUACAAAAACAUAAUUGAGCCAAUUACAGCGAGGAUAAGUCACGUGGCGCGCGCUCGACGUCGCCGCGCCGCAUCUAUAGGAAUGGCGGUCGAGCUGCCAUGUUUACUCCAAAGCUUUACGACGUCCGUGGCAAGGUGAAAUUUUAAUUUAUCAAGUAUAGUGUACUUUUCACACUCAACAUUUUCAUAUUGGAAACAAAGUCCAGCCAAAUGGAAGCGUUAAAUGACAUUAUAAGAACGACGUAAUGUGAGAGAACUAAAUAUAAGCCAUAAGGUAUAUUUAAAAAUGAACAGUGUCAACGGUGUCAACUACUCUAUCAAUCUACUGACUCGAGGCGCACCGCGCAUGUCUACGCGCUUCUAUACGCAAGAGGGCACACGCUGCGGAGUCGCCGGAGUCUACGGACCGUAAAAGAAAGAGAAAAUGGCGAAUCACUGUGCAGGCGUGCAGCUCGCGGAGCUCGCCCGCACCUGGUUGGACCCGUUGGAGUUGUCACGGCGCAUCUCGUGAAUCUCGUCCUCUAGAGGUUUCGACCGACCCCCGAGCUGAACCCGAAAGUCCAUCCAACGAAUCUGCGGAAUAGUGUUUCAGGUUGUCCGCGACUCGAGUGCGAAACGACGUGUGCGUCGUGCGAUCAAGAAUCUCUUUCGGCGACGUCCGGGGCAUUGAGGCGAUUCGUCGGGUCGUCGGGUGUUGGAACGUCAAAGCGGUCGACUCCGAGAGCCGGCCGAUUCACCGUUCUCCGUAUUCGACGAGGUCUCUCGUUUGCGGACGCGAGAGAUCUCUUUAUAGUACGGCAUCAUAUAUAUUCUAGCGGAAUUAGAAUUUUGAUCCCACACUACCGCAGCCUCGAGUGUCGAUUGUUUCUCCUGUUUCACCUUCCUCCUUCCUUUCCUUCGCCCAGACCGCGCGCGUACGCUACCAUUGUACAAGUCACUCUCGCAUAACGAGUAACGAGUCGUGCUGCGAGCUGCGAGUGACAUCCGAGACGCGCGUACCGCAAAUACUGCGGUCUGCGCCCUACGGUAAUCGGCUCUUGGAUCGCUCGUGAAAUUCUGCGUUCUCCGUUCCGCGAUCUCGUAUCUCGUACGAGAUCCGACAGAAUCCCCUUCCCCUCUUUUGCGCGCGCCUGCACGUUCUUGAAAUAUAAAUAAAUAGAAUCGAAUCGCGAUGCGUCAUUCAUAGACGUUUGGUUACUAGGGUGAGAGAGAGGACUGAGAGGAGACACAACGAUCACCGCAGAACGUAGAAGGGAGGGGUAGGUCAUUCGCGCACGUGAAAAUCGAUCGUGCGUCGCGGAAUUUCGCGGCACGGCACGAGGGGAGCGACGGAUUGGCGACUGGCGUUGGCGUUGGCGUUGACGAGUCCCCGACGGCGACGAGAUGAGAGACGGGAUACGGGAUCGCUUGGCCUGCUCGGGCUCGGGGCCAUGUACACGGCGGCCAUUGCGUGAAGCGUCGUCGCACGUAGAUCGCGCACGAGCGCGACUAGCUGUCGCGCUCGUUCCUCGUUCCCGUUCAACGGGCGGCCGUGCGCAAAAGAGCAAAAAGAGGGUUGGGAGGGAAAAGGACAUUUAUAUCGGAAAUACAAAUAAUCGCAUCGCCCCGCCUGGAUCAGGAAGAGGCUGACCGCGAUCGUACCGACGGAAUUGACGCCUGACGGGAAACGGGAAGAAAGAGAGACACUUUUCCACGUGCGUUGUUACGUUUUUCCGAUUUGCGCGUAGGAUGAAUGCCGCGUAUGUAUAUGUAAUAAUAAUGAAUCGUCCAUGGCACGUCCCAGUGCUCCAUGCAAUACCGCUACUACCGGUCCUCGGCGUCGUGACGCCUCUUCUCACACGGUAUAUACCGCCGAAAGUACCCGUCGUGAUCGUCGGCGUCCGCGUAUCGCGACUACCGCGGGGAUCGCCGAUCGUCCCGGCCGCGGCAGGACGUAAUCCCUGGUGACGUACGCCACGAAUCUUCGAGAAACGCUACGUUUUGCGUGCCGCGUUGAGGUCGCGUAGGUCUUGGUGUUUGGCAUAACAUUUUUUUUUCGCCCGAGGAACCUCGUCGAUCGCGAGCGAGAAUGACGCGCGAUAAGUGUGAGGUGCCGGCACGGUAACGUUGCUCGCCCUAUACUUGACUCGUCUCCUUUUAUCCGAGUUACCCGAGUACCUCGAACGGCUCGAACCCGAGAGCUCUGAAUCGAUAGUCGACGUGAACAUUGAACGUGGCGUGGAACAAUCGUAGAUCGUAGGCAGUAAGGUAGUGUGAUUGUUCCAACGUAGUGGCCGCGGAGUGGCCCGUGGCCCACCGUGGCCCCCCCGUCGCCCUCCAAUCUGUAUAAUGACAAUGACUCAUACGGCCGAGGGAAGAUAUGCUGCAUCAGCGACCUGCGAUUCGGCGUCGUCGUCUAGCUCGAAACAGGAGGUUGCCGCGGCGGUGUACCUGUAAUCGUACCCUGGACGACGUAUCGAGAUGAUCGGCCGGGACUCGGUUUCUGCACGAUUCACGCAACGGCCCGGUUCUUGUUGAUAUCAACCGCGAACAACGGCACGUUUCCGAAGCUCGGCCUGUUCGGUGAUAGCGCGAGCGGCCAAGGUAGCGAGGAGCGAGACCGGAGACGUUCCAGGUUCCAGGCAGUUCCAGGUUGACCAAAAGCAGGGAACAAGAUGGACGAAUACGACAAAAAGUUUGCAGAGAUGCAAAAGUACAUUCCAUUUCUGGAAGCAAUGAUCGAGAGGCUGCAAAACGUUAAGGACAAGGACAAUCGGCAUAUUCAGUUGCAGAAAAUGCAAAGUUUGCACGGGAUUCUGUCAAACAGCAAGCGAAAGUUGAAGAUCGAGACGCUGCAGCGGUGCGAGGAUGUUUUGCAGAAACUGUACAAUAGAGUAGAAAAGUUUCAGGGAAAUACACCUGGUUUACAAUUACCGUUUAAACAAAAUGAUGGCGUCACGACGCUACCUUCGACUUCGUCAGAGAAAGCAAAGUCAAAACGGUGUACGGAACCGGGGCACGCACAAGACGUGGAGAAGGAUAAAGAAAUCGAUGAGACACCAGAGAGUCCGGAUACCAUCAGAUCUUCCAGUCCCGAUUGCCAAAUUCUGCCUAUAAUAAUCCCCACAGAGCGCAGCGAAUUGGAUCGAAGAAGGCAAAAACAACGUCCCAAAGAAAUACCGGUUAUUACACUUACGGAUAAUGCAAAACCAGAUUCCACUUCGGACGAUGUCAUGGUCAUGACACAUGCCCCUGCUGAAUGGGACAUGUUAGAAGAGUCGGAAAGGAAUAACUCAAGGAACAGAGGAACGCGGCAACCUUCAUUGGUCGCUACCAGUCAUGAUGUAGCGACCGCUGCUCAAUUGAUCAGUAACAGUUUACCGCAAAGAGUCAGCGAUAGCAGAAACUAUACGUUGGAUUCGCAAGAUAUAGAUAUACCGACGGUUCCGGUGCCUUCUCUCGGCGGUUCCAGGCGAUUAUCUUCGAUUCUAGAGAAAAAUAGGCUGAAUUUAGACAUAGUGGCCGCCAGUUCCUCCAGGUCGGAAUCACCUGUGAAUGUUCCUGAGGUGAGACUCAACUCUCCCGAUCCCGAGAUAUUAUUUGCGAAGCCUAGGGCCUCGUCGCCUAGGCCCAGAUCGAAAGACAGUCAUAACACGCCAUUGAAGCCACCGCCGAAACCGCCGUCGAUACCGCUUCUAUUCUCGCCGCCGUCUUUGCACGAGCCUCCAUUGUCUAUGGAAGAUUUGGCAGAACUGUUAAAUGACGGUGAGAAGGGCGCGGACGAGAAAGGCGCGAAAGCCAACGAAAAUGCAGCAAGGCACGAGGAAACGGAUAAAUCAUUGAAAAAUUUGUCGCUGUCGGAAAGAGUGAAACUUGAUAUCAUUAGGAAAAGUUUGCCAAAUACAGCAGGAGUUUCGUCCGUGAAAUCGAGCGAGAUUAGAGCAUCACCUCAUCAAUCGAACACGUCUCAACGAUCGGCAUCGCACGCGUCUUUUCUGGGUUCCAAAUUCCAAGAGCCACGUUACGCAGAUAACUACGAGAGGCAUCCGCGUCAACGUGACGCUCACGCUCAUGAUAGUGCGAGAGAUAAGGUGAUUACUAUUUCUGACGAUAUCCCAUCUCAGAUACCAGGUUUUCAUAACUCCGCGAACAAACCGGAUGAGAGAAAUGUUUCGUUGUAUCAGAGACGUCCGAGCGUACCGUCCGUUCCGGAUGCACGGGAAGAUGUGAAUCUAUCUAGAUCGGAGAAUGAAUUUAUAAUAGAUAACACUGACUAUUAUAAUAUACAUGCAAAUCAGAUGCACUGGGCUUCUACGGCCACUACUGACCAUCAAUUCGGAAACACGCAGUGGACAUCUUCCCCCUAUGGUGGAGUGACCAAUCCACCUCUGCAACCCACCCAACAUUCCUUCCCACGUCCUCCGAUGGAGCCACAGUUUAGGCAAAAUCAGUUUCCACCAACUCUACCCGCCAACGGCCCCAGACCGUUGGCAAUCAAUCCCACAGUGCGACCGCAAGAGAUGAGUCAUAUAGCGAGACCGGAAAACGUUCGAGAGGAUAUACCUCCCUUGAUAACUCCCCACAAUACAGGUUUUUCGCCACAAUACAGAGGCUUUCAGAUGGGUCAAGGAUCUUACGAUCCAGCCUUUCCCGCCAGCAGACCGACGGAAUAUCCACACGUAAGACCGACAUGGGAAGGUCCCGCUAAUAGAAUAAGCGAGACUACUUACGAAACGGUGAUUCCUUGUGGAAUUCAGGUGAUUUCUGAGAGUUCCACAGGAACUUCGUAUCCGCGACCCAAUACACCUUGCCCUUGGGGCACGCAGAACAGGGGUAACAGAAGUCAGGGGAGGGAUGGGUACUAUGAUAGAAACAGGACGGAGGUGAGGCCUAGUUUCAAUCGUGAUGUGCGCCGAUCUGAUUGGUCGCGAGACGGCCAUUCUGACCGAGAGAAUCCGACGCGUUUUUCAAAUCGAGAUCCACGGGUUCGUACGGAACAUAAUACAAGUGCAACUCAGGCCAAAGAGACCGGCGGCGCUUCCGCCAGAGAUCCACGCCUUGCCAAAGAUAAACACGUCAACGUCAACGUGAACGUGUCAACCAAAGUCAAAGAUACCGUUCACAAGGAGCGGGAGAAGGACCCCAAGAAACGGCCGGUAACAACGACGACGACAAAGACGACAAAGGAGAAAUCGAAAUCGCAGAAAUCACCUGAAAAGGACAAGCUGCUGAAAGACAGAAUGCAGUCACCGCUAGAGAGUCUUUACGGCGUGAUUGACACGAAGGUCAGUCAGACGUCUGGUCUGCAGAAGUUUAAAAUUCCUAAAAUCAAGCGGCCGGAAGCGGCGCCGCAACCAAAUCGCGUUGCUAACGAGGCGAAAAAAGUUGAAGAAAGUGCUUCCGUGAAACCAUCGCGUGUAAAGAGUAGUAGCAAGAAGAGCAGUAAAUCGAGUUCCAAGAAUAAGAGCAAGGACGUUGCAAGUGCUGAAGUGAGCAGCAGUAGCGAUGGUAAUCGUGCAACGGAGAAUUCGGUCCAGCAAAGUGAUGCUGCAAAGGACGUAAAGAAUCCUGCGUCGUCGUCUCCCGAAAAGUCUGAAAAAGACGAGACAAAAAUCGGUGAAGCAGACUCGGUAACGACGAACAAUUCCAAGUCCAGUGAUGUCGCGAAGAAGGGUAAGCAGGACAAGAAGGCCAAGAAGGACAAGAAGGACAAGCAGGACGAGUCAGAAGCGACCCAAGACGGGUCGAAAUCCAAAGAAGAGGUAACGCAGGAAUGGAUUGAGGCACUCAUCAGAAAGUCAUUCGAAUCUGGUGAGGGCAAGAAGCUAGUCGAGCAAGCGAAGUUGAUACAGAAGCUCGGGGAGGCGCUGAAACAGAAAAAGUUCAAAAAGCUUAAGAAGAUCAUCGAGGCUGAGUCUGAGAGCAGUUCGGACAAGGAUGAAACGGUCGAGGCGAAAAAGACCAAGAAAAAGAGGCGAGUAAUAGUGUCGGACAGUUCGGAUGACGAGUGUCUUGCGGAGAGGCUCAGUAUCUUAACUACCAGCACUGAUACGAAUGUUGAAGGAGAGCCGGCAGCUCAAGAUUCUGCAAUCUCCACAGAUGCUAAAACGUCGGAAGAAAAACUCGAGGCAACAGCAUCCAGUAACAAGUUGAGCAAAGAGCAAACUCAAAAUGAUAUCGCGAAGGAAAAUGAUAGUUUAUUAGAGACCCGUGGCGAAGACUGCGUUCAAGUAGAUAAUAAUAAGAAUAAAUAUGUACACGUGGAGAAGGAGAGUCGUAAGAAUGAUCGAUUAGAAGAUGGUAACGAAAAUAUUAAUGUCCAUUCGGCGAAAAGCGAAAAGCCAGUCAGCAGAUUAGAAGAUAGUGAUAAAAAGAAGAAACAAAUUGAAGAUAGCCAGGAUAAAAGCACCGUAGAGAAAUCAAAGGCUAGCACAGGAAGUAAUAUAGAAUGUUUUGAUCAGAAUAGUACAGAAAGUAUAGAAAGUUCGGAUCGGGAUAAAGAUCGGACAACGCAAUCUGUCGCUACCGAUAUUACAGACCAAGACGUUUUCAAUGAUAAACCUAAGGUAAAAACGAAGAGAAGAAAUUCUCUGGAGAUGUUACAAGAGGAUAUCAGGGAAAUGUUUAUUAGCGAGGGUGUGGUAACGGCGACAGGUUAUCGGAUGUGCCGAUUGUCGAAAGAAGGUCAGUCGCCCUCGAGCCCGAGCCCGUUAUCGAUGAACUCUAAGAAGGACGAGCCAUUGAAUAUUGCUGAGAAGAAGAUGGCGGAGUCGACGACCGAAACGAACGAGUCGGUUGCGAACAAGUCAAGGAAGAGUUUGAGAUCUCGCAUAAUCGAAGAUGAGUCGAGCAAACCGAAAGCCAAGAGCAAGAUAGACACCAGACGGACUCGCAGUUUACGCAGCUUGAGGAAAUCGAUUCCAAGUUCCGACAGUGAAGAGGACCAACCGCUGGCUCUGCGAACAGAAAAGUUGAUGCUGAGAAACGCUGGAAAUAGCACACCGAAUCAAGAAGUGGAUCGCAGUGAGGAAAGUAAUAAUGACACACUUCGCCGUAGGUCCAAACGCGUCCUACGUAAAGACACUGUUAUGGAACCGCGAGUGCUUGUAGAGAAGGCGGAUAUUACAAAGAUAGAUUCAUCUAAAAUAAUGUUCGAUAGCUCGUCCGAUGAGAGUUUCGGCAUAGAUGUGUCUGAGUUGGCCGCAGCGGUAGACAUCUCUCUUCGACCGGACAAGCAGUCCGAUCGGGAUUCAGUGGACACGGUGAUAACUUCGAGACGACGGAAAGACGCCAAGAACACUGGUAAACGGAAAUCGAAGAGGUCAUUUGCACUCACCGACGACAAAACCGAGGACGAAAUGUCAUUCACCGAUGAGGAGGAGACCACAAUGUCGGACUUUUCCAUGUCGAGCAACACGACUAUCGGGCAAGGAACGAGCAGUGGCGCGGCUAGGACGACUACUAGGGAAAAUUUAUUGAGCAACAUCCUAAUAGGAUUGGUGCCGACGACGGAGAAGACGACGUCGAUCGACAGGGGUAGCGAAGCGGACUUGCAGGAGUAUGCGACUGAUCCGUUGGCCAUCGACGAGCCAAGCGCGAGAAAGUUGACGAGAAGGAAGAAGAAGAAGAAAUCCAGCUGGAAGAUGGGCAUAGUAACUAGUAGAAAGAGAAAGAAGAAAACUGUUUUUGGAGCUAUCUCUAAAACUGCUCAAACGAGUGUCGAAGAGACGACGACCGAAACGACGGUCUCGAUGGACACCAUAAAAGCUGAUGGAUCGCGCGCGGCGGAUAACAAAGAACCUACAACGGUGGAGAAAACUCGUGAAAAAAUUCUUGGGGACAACUAUGCCGUCAACGAUGCGCGAGUGAAAUGCGAAGACAACAAGUCGCUUGUAAAUACGGAUAGCUUUGAUAUAGAUUUUAAAGAUUUUGCCAAGUUAUUAGAGCCCAUAAGUACAGCAACACUUAAAGAAGCGUUCGCUAAUGAUUCUCUUUCCGUCGAGGAAAAUAAAUCGACAAAAAUGGACUUGGAAGAAGCAGAAAGUUUGACGAGCGCAAAUCUUACCGCGGCAAGUGCCGCUACCGCGAACAAGUUUUUCAAGGAACCGCCAAAGAUCGUUUACGACGAACUUAUGGCGGAGCUCUUUCGCAGGAUAGAUAUCAAGCAUCUGAUAGACUACGCCUGGCUCGGUCAGGACAAGUACAAAUGCUUAUUAUGCUUCUUUACGGGCAAGAACAUCGUUCACCACUACAAGGUCAGUCAUCACGGGAGGGAGGUGCUUAUCUCGCGUCUCAAGUCGACGGACGCACAAGCUGCCAUCGUGGACACCGAACGCGCGGCGACCGUCAUCUCGUCAUCCGCGACAGAGACAGGUCAGACGUGCAAAUUCUGCUGCAGGUUUUGCGGUUGGAUCACGUUAGGCGCAGCAGACGCGGCACUCGAAGCGUUCUACGAGCACUGUACGACGCACACGGGCGAAUACAGGUUCCACUGCAACAAUUGUUCUUACCAGGCGGUGGCCAAGGCGUCCAUGAAAACGCACUACUACAAGAUAUGUCGCAGGGAUAAAACGUUCAACGAGUCUGCGUCUGAGGACGUCGUACCGAGAGAGGAUGGCAUCUAUGGAUAUUUAUGUCGCAGUUGUAAUUAUGUGCAGCUAAAGCGACAGAACGUUGAGGCCCACGUUGCGUUCUGGCACCGAGAGCAGAUGGAUACCGAGAUCUUGAAGAUCAAUAUGGCUACGAGUAACAACGAGCACGCACACGAGUCAGCGGCGUCCGUUAGUAACGCCGAGGAGCCUUUCGUUGCAGAAACAAAACCGCAGGUUUCUGAAUUGGGGACUAUAGAGCGUAAGGCUGUUGUACCGUUGGUGAGUAUCGCGAGGCUAGCCGAGUCCGAGGGCAGCAAUGAGACGACCGGUGAAUGUAUUCUGCGCGAAUCAAAAACGGAGGAGACGAUUCAGAUCAAGGAAGAGAGCGAGUCAACACCGAAACUGUCUCAAGGAGAGCCGGAGGGAUCGUCGGUGAGCACUGGUAAUCUAAGCGUUUUUGUUUGCCCACCUGAAUUGGAAAACAGAGAGAUGGAGAUACAGCGGGAGCGGCAGAAAACGAUGCAAGAGAUCGCCAAUAACAUCGGCAUUUUAUUAAAGAGCACUAAAUCGGGCCUGUCCAUAAUAGACAAACUGCAAGACAAGAUGCGAACGGACGCGGUCGUCAGUCCGGUCCCUGACGGCAACACGCCGACGGAGCACCGUUCGGAAGCGAGGGAAAACUUUUCGUUGCCUUUUGAGAGUUCGUCCGCGGAACCUCUGAAAACCGAAGACAUAAUCAUCAAGGAGGAUCUUGUAAGUCAGCCGAGCAGUCAGGAGAUUCGCCCUUCUCUUACGGAGGAACACGUGGCUGCUGAUAAGUCAGAGGUGACGAACGACGAGAAUGACAAGGUGGACGUGAAGAUCCGGGAUCCUCUCGCGAUCGUGGACUCGUGCAAGGACACGGAGAGCGACAACGAGAACAGCGACACGGAGCGUUCGGCGCCAAUCUUCGAGUCGGACUCGAGCACCGAGCAAUCGGAUUCUGAGCAGACCGACGUCAAUAUGAUCUUGAAGGAGACCUCGACCAUAGACGCGUCUUCGUCGCGGGAUCCAAUGCUGACGACAAUACAGAGGCUGGCCGCGCAGCUUCAGAACGUCAAACCGUUGGAGCCAGAACCAGCAGUACCAGAACCGAUGCUCGAUAUUAAAACGGAGAUCAAGAGCGAGCCUAUGUCGUUGAUCCCGAAAGCACCGGACGUCGUGCCGAUUUCUAAUGUCCAGCAUUCGCCAACGAAACAACAAAACGUCAAGUAUUCGAAAAAGGAAAUAUUGACGCCGACGUCGUGCAAGAGUCCGCCACAAAGUUUUAUCAAGUUCAGACGGCUGAGCGGCGAUAUGCUAUCAGUGCCAACGGAUACGCAACAAGAUUCGCAAGACGUCAAUACAGGUGAUGGAGCUCAAUCGGAUAGCGCGGUAGACUCACUGCAAACGGACGCAGAGGAAGAAUGCUCGUUUUUGAAGAUCGAAAACGUGGUUAGCCUCGCAAAACCCGAUCACAACGAAAGCCAUAUUGUAAGUGACAUUAGGAGAGCGGUGGAGAUCUCGCCUACGAAGAGCAAAGAGAUACCUAUUCUGAGGAAACCUAGCCAACCUUUAAUAUUAAAAAAGAAUGUCUUACUACAGCCGCUGAUAAAUUCGAACGUGCACGCUCUGAGGAUCCACCCGGUGAUCGUCUCAUCGACAAGCUUAGCGACAACAAGCCCCGCGACAAGCCUCACGACGACAAACCCCGCGAGCUUGAAUUACAGGUCAAGGAAAAUCAAAGUGAUACGUUCGCCCAUGUCAGCCAAAUCCAAGGACACCGCGGUCUCUUCGUCCUCCUUUGCGGUCAAGUUAAAGUCUGUGGAGGCAUAUACGGCGAUGCUGACUGAGGCAAAGCUGGCUCACUUCUACAAGUGCAUGGGCCGCAAUUGCUCUUACACGACCGACUCCCUCGCAUUGUACGACCAGCACUAUUUUAAGCAUUUCGAGGCCAGCAAACAGAACAGCACGGAGGCGAACGAUUAUAUGAAGUGCGCCUAUUGCCACGCUUCUCCGAGUGACUGGAGAAGCUUGGAAGCUCACUUGUGGGAGAAACACAGCCAUUGCCGGUACCAGUGCGGUUACUGCUUUUAUCGAGCCGUUGUACCGUCCUACGUACAACAACAUCACACGACUUGUCAUCCCGGGACCGUACUCUAUUAUCUAUUAGGCAAGCCGCAAAGGUCGACCCAGGAACAAGAAGAUGUCAAUCGCAAAGAUUACGUAAAACCUUUUAUUUGCAAACAUGAUUGCGACAAAAUCUUUUAUACACGUGAAGCAUUUGCCGUACACUUAAAGACAAAACAUCCAUCUUUUCAGUUUAAGCACAAAUGUCAUUUAUGUAACACUAUGCACACGGCAGAAUCUCUCAUAACUCAUUAUAAAGUGCAUGGAUUUUGCAAGUACCAGUGCUUAUAUUGUUUUUAUGGUGCCGAGAGUCUAAACGAAAUGCAUCAGCAUUUGAGCGCCUUUCAUUGCAAUCGAUUACCUCAGGUUCUGGAGCGUGCGCUUCCUCCAAAGCCAAACUACACCGAGGAAGUUAUACGUCAGCUUCUUUUGCGAACAAUCACACCAAAAAUAAAUGAAGGAAGCUUUGAUUCAAAUGCUGACGAUUCUAAAAAGACGACAACCAGGAAAGAUGCAACAAACGAUCAAAUCUCUACACCUUUGUUAAAUGUUGUAGUUGCUUCGUCAACUGACACUCGGUCUAAACCGCUCAACAACUUGAAGAAAAAGGACUUGACGUUUGUCGGGGCAGUCAGUAGUGACCCAAAGGACGCACAAGUUGAGACCACGGUUGACAAUAUCUCAACAAAUGAACAACCUGCAGAUGAUGUGACUCGAGCCAGUGUCGGCGAAAAAACGAGUACGAACAUCGCUGAAAAACAGCCUGCGCAAACAAAGUCGUUUCUACACUCAAAGAUGGGAAAAUUAAGCGACCAUACCACAAGUCAAAUUCUUCAGGAACCAGAAAUAAAUCUGUCAUUGUCCAUGAACGACUCCGACGCGGUAGACCCACUAGAAUUCUCAGGUGAAUUCAAUUGCAGUGACGAAUUCGUAAAUACCAAUUUCCUCGAUAAUGCGGAACUUUUGAAGAAUUUCACACCCAAUUCCGGCAACAUGUCCUCUAAAUCCGCGGAUAAAACCGAAGACAGUGACAUUGAGAUCUUGGAGAGCGAAGAGAAAGUUGCCGCCGCGCAGAAAAACGCUCAAGUUGAGGUAAAGAAAACGGAACCGACCUGUUUCGACGAGACAAGGGCUGAGAAUAAAGAGCAGGUUGCAUCUAGCAACGACACUACCGCGAUUAAAUGCAAGUCCGAAGAGGCCGCGGCUACGGCGACUGCUAAUCCGACUGCUACGGCGCGUGCUACGGCGACCGCUCAACCAGAGCCGGACAAACCUUUGACUUUGGACGACAUCAAAGACACCGGCCGUAUCGGACAUGAGUUAUAUAAAUGCGGUUAUCUGGAAUGCAGUUUUACGGCGUCGCAAGUACUCUUGUUGAAAGCGCACAUUAAGACGUGCAAUCUCGGAGAGCCCAUGAAAAACUUAUUUUGCCCGCAUUGUAAAAAACGAUUCGUCAAAAUUGGCUUGCUCCUAGAACAUAUGAAGACUCACGGAUUGAAGCGUUUUGGAUGUUCGAUGUGUAAAUUGAGAUAUCCGGUUUCAUAUCAAGCUACAGCCCACAUGAAGACAAAACACAAAUUCCUCAACACGAAGUUAGUGCCUGCCGACCCAACAAACCCAUCGGUGGAUGGUCUCUUCAUCGUGCAAGCAGUUCCUUUUGGAUCUGCCGAUAAAAGAACCAAGAGGCGUAAAGGUAUUAGGUCUGGAGCGGAACUGGAAAAUGACAAAACUGCGGAUAACGAAAAAUUAUCGUUCAGUCCCGAUGAGAUUGAGCAAUUACCGCGUCAGGCGAUUUACAAUCGACAAGUCCAAUGCGCCGUAUGUCCUUACACAACUAAAGUUCGGACAAACAUUAUCCGGCAUUUGCAAUUACACGCAAAAGACGAGACCGUACCAGAGAGCGGUCCGGUCAAUCCUGUUCCUUGUUUAGAUAAGAAAGAGAAAAUGUUCGAUAAGAUGGUGAAUCUGGCGAGCAGCUCGCACCAAAACGGUCGUAUGGGCGCGAAACCGAAAGAAUCUAUCAAGGAAAGCGAGGAGGAUGAUGGUAUACCAAAGUUUAUACCGGAACACAAAAGAUAUGUAUGCGGCGUAGCCGAAUGUAAUUACUUAACAGUGGACGAGGCGAUGUUGAGGUAUCAUUUGAAGGCUCUACAUUCGGAUGAGCCAUAUUUCCGUUGUCCACAUUGUCCUCUGCCGCAGCCAGGUCAAGAGAAUCAAAAUAUAGCGAUCGACAAAAUGGGCAUUCAUUUGAAAAUGCACGAUACAAGACUCUACAAAUGCUCCCAUUGCAAUCAUCAUCAUUAUCAUAGGCACGUUGUGGAACGGCAUCUUACCGUGGACAAGCAUCCGGGGAAGAGACCUUUCGUACAAGUUGUAAGGGAAAUUGAAAACACAGAUACCGUUCAGCAACCGGUCCAGGAAGAGACCGAGGAGGAGGUACCCGAUCCGGACGGCAAUCAUUGGAAAUGUACGCUGUGCGAUUUUAAAUGUGUUUACAAAGCCGAUGUAGUCAACCAUGCUGACACGGCUCACGGCGAGAAUUCCCAAUACAAGUGCACUCUGUGCUCAUUCAAAACGAACGGAAAGGUACUUCUCGAGCAGCAUAUAAAUAGCAAGCACGCAUAUGACACCAAUGCCGAUUACACCAUGAUAUACCAGAGGAUAAAAGGUGUCAACAAACGGAACACGGAAGCUGUGGAGCAAGGCGGGCAAGACGAGCCCUUUGAUACGACGCCACUUUGGCUGAGAAACAUGCCGCGAGUUCGACAUAUCCGCGGGAUUCUUUUGGAGGAAGAUAUUGAAACGUCGAGCGAAACGUCGUCCGCAGCUUCGCCGAAGGUAUCUCUAGGUAAACGCAAGAGCGACGCAGAAAUCGUGACAAAGCCAGCUAAAAUAAAAUCGACCGGGAAAUCGACGUCUCUCGACGACAAUAAUAAGCAAUCUAAGGAGAAAUCGAAACGAUCGCUCUCGUGCGACAAAUUAUCCGGAGAGACAGGAGGCGACACCGGCAAUAAUAAAUCGGCUAAAGACUCAAAAACAGAUGCGGGUGAACUGAGUGACAUUAAUGAUCCUGACAUGGGAAGGUUUGGACCUUAUGGCAAACCGGAUGCCAAUAUGUAUGUCUGUACACUGUGUAAUCACUUCAAGACGAAAUACAAGCACGAUAUGAGAGAUCAUCUUUAUAGGGAGUUGAACUAUCCGAGAUGGCAUUGUAAGACUUGCGGAUAUUUAUCGAUAAAUCGUAAAGCAUUGCUGCAGCAUUUUGGGAAACGUCAUAAUGGAGAAAAUCCAGCAUACGAGCCACUUUCGCCGGAUAACACGAUUGAGUAUUGGGUGAUGACUUUGUUGAAGAAGCAAACCGAUAUGAUCAAGGCGUCGUCUCAUAACAUGAAUGUUGCCAAUAGAAGUGUAGCGACACCCGUUAGUCCAGAUGUUAGUUCCGUAAAAAUCCUAGCCGACAAGAAGACCGUAAAUCUUGCACCUACGAUAUCCAACCUGCAGAAUGACGUUCUUGAAGAUUCUAAUAAAAGCAACAUAGACACCGACGACGACGACGACAGCCGAGACAACGAGGAUCUCGUAAUCGACAUGAAGGAGGACGAGAUGCACGAAGACAGGAGCAACGACGCGGAUAUGUCUGAAAAUGAUAAACUUCGCGGGAAGACUGAUGACAAUCUGGAGAAGCCGAUUGCCUGCAAGCACUGUCAGCACACAUUCAACCGCCAGCGCGGAUUCAAGAUGCACGUUCAGUAUUCGCAUUUGAAACUGUUCGGCUUCUUGUGCCCUUACUGCGACCGCAGCUCGAACUCGGAACCGUUGCUGCGCCAGCACAUCCGCGCGAAGCACCCGAACGAUCCGGAAAAUAUUAUACGCAAUCCGAAUGCGACGGUCGCAAAGUUGUCCGAUGAGUUUUGGGAAAAGGAAUACGGUCUCUAUCCAAUAAAGGGCAAAAGGCGAAAAUUGAAUACAGAGAACACGGCUAGCAACAACGUGGCCACCGGCUCUGCUACUAGCGUUUCCGCAACCGCUUCCACCAGCAAUCACUUAGAGAGGUGCGAAUUGUGCAAUUUCACAGCCGUAAAUUAUACUGGCCUGAAGAGUCAUAUGAGAACACACGCCACUCUAAAGCACAAUCUUAAGUGCCUGUAUUGUACCUACAGCUGUAUAUUUAAGGCAGAAAUGGUGGAGCAUUGGAAAAUAAAUCAUCCCUCAUUGCCGUUGAAAUUUAAGGAACUAACAUCGGCGGCUGGCUCCUCCUCCGGCGAGACAAAAAGCAAACCGUCGACGCCUCAAAAACGGGAUGUCGACGGGAUGUUGAAGAGCACGGGGGAGGAACGUCGUGAGGCGUCGACUAUAAUCUACGGCUGCUUCUAUUGCGAUCUUCGCAGCAUCUCGCUGUCAUCCAUUAGGCAGCACUGGAAUCUCAUGCAUAAGGAAUUAAAGGGUUCGGAAGCCACUUCCAACGUAAAGUUGCCGUUUAGAUACAAGGAGAUACCUGUGCCAAAAUUUUCGUCUACAAAUUCCGCAAAAAAGGACGUUAACGAGCAAGCGAAGCAGACGGAGAAUCUGUCGCCUGUCACUCAACGAUCCGGAUGGGUUUGUCAAUGGUGCCAGGAGUUUUGCCAGACCAACAACGAUAGGAUGAGGCAUCAGAACAUGUUCCAUUCGCACCUACCCCACAAGUGGCAGGAACAGCAGCAGCAGCAGCAACAGAAAGAGCAUGAUCAGUUACAAGGAACGUCGACACGAUUGCCCGCAUACAGUGCCGAGAAGUACGCAAGUUCCGCGACGAACUCGAAGAAUGCCCCAAACUUCGAGUCGGUCGUAGAGAACUUGAUCACGAAACAUACCAGGCAUACCGAACUUGGUGACAUGAAAAACGAGGAUGAUCAGUAUCUUUUGGGAGUAUCGAAAAGAGAUCGCGGCGAUGAUCGUCAGGCUGUCGCGAGAAAAUCCACCACCAAAUCGGUCGUUCUGUGCACGAAAUCGAGCCCACGUGUAUUCAAAGCUGUCGCGCGCAAGUCUACGAAUCCGAGGUAUCCGCCGACCUCUUUUACGCCGCGUUUACCAGCGGCGCAAAGUAUAAACGCGGGAUUAGAGGAGGAAGAAGAAAUACAGCACGAACCGCUAUCGCAUUACGGAAUACCGAGCAGCCCGAUUAAUCUGGCCGAGUUAAGCACGUAUAUGGUGGUCGGGGGCCUUAGCAUGAGGGUAAAUUGUCUCACUCUCGCAACACUGAUUGAUAUCAAGCCAAAAGUACUAGUGAAAGACGUCAGGAAAGAUCCCGAGUACGCCGCAAGUCUGUCAAACUUGGAUUAAUAUCACAAUAAUUAUUUAUAUAAUAUAGGUAGAUAUCAUUUUCGUGUCAUAUCGAGAUUCAAGAUUUUUCCAUUAAAAAUGAUUAGUUGCGUAUCGCUGUAAAAACUAGUAUGUAAGUGGAGUUGCAACAAAACCCCAGUUAUAUAAUUUCUGUACGUGAUAAAACUGAUUUGCGCCGAUAAAAAGCAAAAAAACAACAAGUAUUUUUUAGUUGUGAUUGAAAAACCGUAAUGUUAAUAUCACUUGUCUUUUUUGCUCCUGAUUUCACUUCACAAAAUAUAACGUGUGUAUAUAUAUUGAAAGCGGAGAUAUAUGGUUAAACAGCUGUACCCUAGGGAAGAACGAUCGAAACGAUUAGUACAAUAAAGAGUCGUAUUUUAAUUUUAAAAUAAAAUGUAUCAACUCGAGUAUAUGUUUGAUGUGAUACUUUUCUAUAUGAAAGGGUUGUCUGUUAAAGUCUUAAAUUAUUGUUAAACUUACGAUUACAUCACAGAUUUACAUCGUGACGUGCUGAAUAGUCAAAUAAAACUAUUUUUAAUACCUUUCAUAAAAUCACACUUACGUUAGCCGAUUUGCAUCAAUCAAUAUUACAUAAUAUUCACGUCAUUCGAAAUAACCAAAAAAAUUAAUACUUAAAAAGAAACAAAAGUGUAAGAUAUAUAUUUCCUUUGUGCUAUGUAAGUAUUUUAUUUAAAUAUUCUAUUACGCGUUUUAUUUUAUGAGAUGUAGUCGAACAUUCUGUUCGAGAUCAUAUUACGUAUUUCAGUAAUGAAAUCGCACUACAUUCGGGAAUGUACAGAAAUAAUACAGAUCAUUACAAUGUAAUUUAAUUAUUACAUUACAUUGCAAUCUUCAGAUUUUUUUUUUUUUUUUUUUUUCAUAAAAAAUACUAAUUUUAAUAUAAUAGAAAAUAGUAAAUUUUUUUCUGUGAAAAUAUAAGACUGACACGCGUCCUACUAUUGUAAAUGUAGUAGUUUUUAGAACCUUGUAAAUAUAUGUACCAUGAUGUACCAUACCGUAAAUAAAUAUUUUUAAUUUUUAUAAA